AUGGCGAUCGAAGCACUGCGAGAAGGAACACGAUUCGGAAAACUGGUAGACAAGCUACUGGUUAAUAAACCCACGACUUUCUCGAACUUGAUGGGCAUUGCCCAGAAAUACUUCAAGCUAGACGAAGGGCAAAGGGCGAUUCGCGGAAAAGAAGCAAAAGGAAAAGAAUCGAAAGAGAAAUCCAAAGAGAAGUCGAAGUCGAAAUCCGACGAUAGGAGAGGAAGGCCAGAAGAAAAUAGACGAUUCGCCCCCCAGACAAGAUACGAACCAAGAUAUGACCCCAGAGAUGACGAGAACAACUUCACACCGCUGAACACCAGCCGAACUAACGUCCUCAUGUGGAUCAAAGAAAACGUCAAGAAUGUGGUAUGGCCACCGAAGAUGAAAGCCGAGAUAAGGGACACGAGAAAAUACUGCAAAUUUCACAAAGACUAUGGACAUGAUACGGAUAGUUGCAGAGAUUUGAAGGUCGAGAUUGAGAGAAUGAUCGACACAGACGAACUAAGGAAAUUCGUGGCCCGAAAAGAGAAGAGCAAUGACAAAGGAGAAAAGAGAAGCAGGGAUGACAAAACAAAAGAAAAAGAAGAUGAGCGCCCAUCCAAAAUAUUGGGAACCAUACAUAUGAUCAAUGGAGGUGGACACACCAGCUCUACAAUUAGAAGAAAGCAAAGGAGAGAAGUGAUGAACAUUAGAAAAACUCAAAUGCCACCCGUAAUCUUUGAUGUCGAAGAUUAUGAACAUGUCAAAGCACCUCACAACGAUGCCUUGGAAGCGCAGUGA